AUGCCGUACCUACGAGAUGAUCCCCUCUACGACACGGUCAAACCAAUUCAAGUCACGCCAAACUUCUUAGACCGCGAGGGGAGGAGUAACGUACGACUCGAAUCCGGUCCACCAGAGAUCCUGAACGAUGUGCGCGGUCGCGAGCACGAAUUCAACCUCGACGCGAAUGGCUUCUGCUACGUGCACUCUCCGACCGCAUUUAAAGACUGGACAUCCCAACCACAGAUCGCAAAGCAAUAUCUCCCAGAUCUGGAGGAGCUACUGAGACGCGAAGUGGAUGGCUGCGACGAGAUCGUCUUCUACGACACCCGUAUCCGACAGGAAGGCGAUGAUGGCGCUCGCGUGCUCGGCUUGAGCUACAAUCCCUUCGCUCGACAAGUGCAUGUCGACAACACGGAGCGGAGCGUCCUGGAGAAGGUGCACAACUACGCCGACCUCAAAGCGGAUUAUUACCUCAGUGGUCGCGUGAGGAUCAUCAAUAUCUGGCGGCCAGUAAAGCAUCCUGUCUACGAUUGCGGGCUAGCGAUUGCGGACGGCGGGAAGCUCAAGGAGGGCGACGUGAUCGAAUGUGAUCGUGUCCGCCAUGACACUGGCAAGUACUGGGACACGAUGGGCGUUGUGAAGUACCGACCGGGCUACGACUGGUACUACUGCUCUCUACAGGACGAGGCAGACGUGCUGCUCUUCAAGAACUACGAUAGCGCGACCAACGUGCCGGCUCGAAGCUGCUUGCACACCGCCUUUGAUGUCCCGCCAUCAGAAAUCCUACCAAACACACCAACCCGCGAGAGCAUAGAGGUCCGAGCGUUCAUCUUCACGCAUCCCAAAGGCCUCCGGAGACCUUCAGGGAUCUCAGCACCGCACCCACUGGCUGUGCAGCUCGAGCAAGGCAACCUGCGCCUCGUUGACGAGCACAGCAUUACCGACCAUUUGCGCACAGACAUUGAUGAAGCGAACGAGGUCAAGGAUGCAGUAUUACUGCUUCGAAGGCAGGAGAUUCGUCGGCUCGAGAAAGAGUGUCAGGGGCUGGUGGCAGAACGAGCGCAACGACAACAGCAACUGGAGGAUGCUGGAGCUCAACUACUGCAAGCGCAGCAGCAGAUAUCGAUGCAGGCUGAGCAUGCUGAUGCUCUUGAACGGAAGGUUCGAGAACUCGAAGCAAAUCUCGCACUGCAGCCAUGA